AUGGCGAGCUCAUCGGUGGCAUUGGAGGAUGUACCGUCCGUAGACAUGAUGACUGAACUUCUCCGCCGCAUGAAGUGCUCUUCCAAGCCCGACAAACGCCUCAUUCUCGUCGGUCCACCUGGAUCUGGAAAAGGAACCCAGUCACCAAUCAUCAAGGACGAGUACUGUUUGUGCCACUUGGCAACAGGUGAUAUGCUGAGAGCAGCUGUUGCGGCUAAAACUCCUCUUGGGAUUAAGGCUAAAGAAGCAAUGGAUAAGGGAGAACUUGUUUCUGACGACUUGGUUGUUGGGAUAAUCGACGAGGCAAUGAAGAAGCCCUCAUGUGAAAAGGGAUUCAUUCUUGAUGGUUUUCCGAGGACUGUGGUCCAGGCAGAAAAGCUUGAUGAGAUGCUUCAGAAGCAGGGAACUAAAAUUGAUAAGGUGCUCAACUUUGCAAUUGAUGAUGCUAUCUUGGAGGAAAGAAUUACUGGCCGUUGGAUCCACCCUUCAAGUGGUAGGUCUUACCACAUGAAAUUUGCACCUCCCAAAGUUCCUGGUGCUGACGAUGUUACUGGAGAGCCUUUAAUUCAGCGAAGGGACGACACUGCCGAAGUCCUCAAGUCAAGGUUGGAGGCAUUUCACGGGCAAACUAAACCGGUCGUAGAUUAUUAUGCCAAGAAGGGUGUCGUUGCACAGCUUCAUGCAGAGAAACCUCCAAAAGAGGUCACAAAUGAGGUUCAGAAGGCCCUGGCUUUUGCCGCUGUGUGGCGGCGAAACCAGUUGAAGGGUCAUAUUGGUUGA